UUCAUUUGUUUGAGACAUUUGGGUUUGAGAUGAAAAGAUGGAUAUGAGACGAGAGUUUAGGCUUUAGCUUUUAUUUCUUGGUAUUAACAUCUAGAUGUGUUAAACAACAGAGGCAUUGCACAAACAUUGUGUAUAGCCAAUACAACAAUUUGGAAUGUCCUGAAAAAGAAAGAAACCGCUGGUGCAACAGACACCGAGCGGGUCGGCCCAAUAUUUUGAAGUUUUCUGAGAGGGGAUAUUUAUUUAACUUUUUUUUUUUUGGAAGGAGUCUCCAGUGCCAGUGCAUUGUAAAAGUCAGAGGUGAAGCUGUAACUGUAGGUUUUUUUUUUAUAUAUAUAUAUCCUUAAGACGGACAAGUUUACACGUUCUGUUUUCUCAGCAAAAUGUCAAGUUGUACUUUUUAUCGUAUUAUCUUUAUUUUUUAAAAAAGAGGCUGUUUAGAUGUGGAUAACAAGUGAGGGGAGGAGCUAACCCAUUCAUUUUAAAAUCAAAUGUUUGUCAAUUUUAGUUCUGUUCCUUUAAAUAUGUAAGUUAGUUACCAAAAAUAAAUGAAGAAAUGUGUAAGUAUCUUUCACAAAAGGAGAGAGAGAGAGAGAGAGAGAGUAAAUGAACAGAGACUGGAGGUGUGUAAACGGUUGUCUGUUUGUUUGUGGUUGUGGGUCCCGCUGUUUUAAACACAAACACAGCCGCAGGACUUUUAACGCCGGACUGUUACUUUGGAAACCAGAACCCGGAAGUGACCUCUAUAUUGCGCAUGCGCGUAUUUACGGAAAUGGAAAACGCGUCGAACGGUGUUCUCACCCAUAUUCCGGCAAAUCCCGCCUCCUGCAUCGUGAUUGGCUGACUCAAUUAGACAAGCUAGUCCGUCACCAUGGCAACUUUUAGAGAACGCAUUGUUUCCGUUUUUCGUUUUAAUUUCAACUUUGUACACAGGAAUAAACAGAAUGCUGACAUUUGCGGGAUUUUUACUUUGAUAUAUAUAUAUUUUUUUAAAACAACAACAACAACAAAGAAUAAAAUACGAAACAGCGGACAUGUAACGAUGUAGAACAUCUCCAGAAAUGAAACAAAAAAAAAAACAGAACAUCUCAGACAUAAAAACAACUUAUAAAGAAGGUUUAAACACAUUCUACAUUUUGAAAUAGUCUGCAGAUUCUCCUUUACAUUUUGUUUUGAUAAAUAUAUACUCUCGACUGUCCUUGUGAGAGCAACGAAUCACAGUGGAGGAGGCGGGGUUUCCUGAAAACGGUUGGGAAAACAAAUAUACCGUACCGGUGUUCAAGCAGCUCUCAAUGUCGUCGAGUGGAUGGUGUGUGUGUUUUUCCCGUGAAGAAAUAAAUAAAAACAACAGGAGAUUUGCAAGAAUGAAGAGACUCCCCGUCCUCGCCUUGCUGCUGUGGAUAUGUUGUGUGUUUUAUGUUGGUAUUUUCCUGUUCGUGGGCGGAUUCCUCUUGGUGCGCCUGGAGGUCAACAGGACGAGCACCUGCGAGGACGUCUUGCCUCCGUCCUACGACGCGACCUCGCCUGACUUCUGCCCCAGACAUCCUCGCGUACGCAGGGCCGUCAUCCUCGUCGUCGAUGCUCUGAAAGCCGAGUUUGCUCGCUACGACCCGGGAAACCUGUCCCCCAGACCGUUCGAGAACAAGCUGCCGGUUCUGGGUGAGACGGUGUCGUCUCGGGUGUCGCACGCCAGGCUGUACACGUUCAGAGCCGAUCCUCCUACCACCACCAUGCAGAGGAUCAAGGGCUUCACCACCGGAUCCCUGCCCACGUUUAUAGACGUGGGGAACAACUUCGCCUCCAGCGCCGUGCUGGAGGACAACCUGAUCCACCAGCUCGGUCAGGCAGGGAAGCGAGUGGUCUUCAUGGGAGACGACACGUGGGUCAGUUUGUUCCCUAAAAAGUUCCACCGCUCGCUGCCUUUCCCCUCCUUCAACGUCAAGGAUCUGCACACCGUGGACAACGGAAUCCUCCAGAACAUCUUUCCCAUCAUGGACGGAGAUGACUGGGACGUGCUGAUCGCUCACUUCCUGGGUGUGGAUCACUGCGGCCACCGCUUCGGCCCGGACCACCCUGCCAUGGCGGAGAAGCUCACUCAGAUGGACGGAGUUAUCAGGUCAGUGAUGAAGCGGCUGCAGAACGACACACUGUUGGUGGUGAUGGGAGAUCAUGGGAUGACCGACACCGGGGAUCACGGAGGAGAAAGCCAGAAGGAAACCGAUGCUGCUCUGUUCCUCUACAGCGGCUCACCUCUGUUCCCAGCUCCUGAUGCACAGCAGGUGGAGCCAGAGGUGGUGCCUCAGACUGAUUUAGUGCCUACGCUGGCCUUGCUGCUGGGAGUUCCCAUCCCCUACAGCAGCGUGGGGCAGGUGAUGCUCCCACUUUUUCCCAGGAACAGCCAGGUGGAGGCGCUGUGGAUCAACGCCAAACAGGUGCAUCGGUUUUUGGAGACCUACUCCAGCAUGGCCAACGACAUUCCAGCAGACAGUUUGUCUCAACUGCGGGCUCGCUUCUCCCAGAUCUCGUCUCAGUACAUGAGCUCGAUACGUGAUGGAACUCCUCCUCCGCCUGAACUGCUGGCCUCCAUGCAGGAAUACCUAAGCUCCGUUAGAGAGACCUGUCGUGCCUCCUGGGCUCGCUUCAACCCUCUGAAAAUGGCAGCGGGCCUCCUGGUCCUGGGUUUUGGGUGCAUCUUGUGCUACGUUAUCUCAGAACUGUCUGUUGUGAUCCUCCAGGGUGCCAUGUUGAAGACUCCAGUGCUUGCUGGGCUGAUGGUCGGGGGAGUGGUAGCUGUGGGUCAAAUAUUCACUUUGGGAUACGUGGAAGUCUCGUGGUGUUUGGGAGCUGCUGUGUUGUUUUCCGAGGCAUUAUUUUUGUGGAGGGCUCGGAGGGUGUGUCCUCGUGGCCGACUGUCUCACUGGAGCCUUUUAACUCCGCCACUGCUCGUGCUCCUCCUCCGCUGUGCAUCCUUGCUCUCGGACAGCUACGUGAUCUCUGAGGGACGUGUAGUCACGUUCUUACUGUUCAGCCUUGGCGUAUACGUUCCACUUCAGCUCAACUGGGAUGGACUUCUUUUUCCUGCACCUUCUACCGAUACCCAGAAACCUCCUGGACUUCUUGCACCCUCGUUGCCGCCCUCGGUAGUCCGGCGCGAGACUGGCGCUUUGCUUGUUUGCACAGGCAUCUUGGUAGCAUGCCUUUACCUUUCUCUGUCGUUCCACAGCUGCCGUGAAGAACAGGGUGCUUGCCAGCCUUCAGUCUUCUUGACGCAACUCUCGCGGGUUCAGGAUAGUCGGCUGCGCAACUUGCACUACGUCCUGUCCCUGGCAUCACUUUCCGCCUGGGCGUUCUUGCUACAUCGUUGGUUACGGCAUUACGGAAACCUGAACUGCACAGGUGUGGGUGUGUUUACAGCACGCUGCCUGCUUCCUCUUGCCUCUAUCUGCAUGGGACUGCACUGGGCGGUCAGCGCAACUCCAGACGACACCUUCAGGAACCUGACAGAGCUAAUAAGCUUGGCGCAGGUGAUUCUGCCACGUAUUGCCUUCGGUCUCCUAGGCCUCGGAUCGCUGCUCCUGUGGCUGGACCCACUUACGGUGUUUUUAAAGACACGAGCACCUUUGAACUCUCGGGGUGCCGUCGUGCCUCCGCCAAGAUACCGUGCUAGCACUGGAAUCAGCCCUCAGGCUGAGCUGCACCAUCUUAUACCGCAGUUGUAUCAGCGCAUCCGCCAAUCGCUUGACAACGAAGGGGUCAAGGUGACCGAUCCCGAUGGACGGCCAGCAGUAGAGGCCUACGGACUGGGCACUGUCUACUCCGCACCCCUGGUCUUGCUAUGUGGUCUGAUGGGCCUUGGGAUGCUGCUUCUACACCCCGAAGGCAUGGCGCUGGCCUUCUUGUUGCUAUUGCUGCAGGCUGCUGCUCUCCUCCAUCUCCAUGCGUCCUCCAGCAAUCUCUCCAGCCAGCAGAGUCAUUCCAGUGUCUUCAGUGUUCCCUGGACUCCUGUGGUUCUGUGGUCUCUGGCGGCCUCGCAGUUCUUCCAUGCCACGGGUCACCUUCCCACCUUCCCUUCCAUCCAGUGGGGCGCUGCGUUCGUGGGGUUCCCUCAGGGACACACGGGCACCGCACUUCCCGCCUCGCUCGUCACACUCAACACCUUCUCCUCACACAUCCUGUUUGCCGUCGGCUGCCCGUUGCUGCUCUUCUGGCCGUUGGUGCAUGAGCUGCGUGGGUAUCGAACCAGCCGCUCGGGUGGAGGUGAAGACGGGGACGAGGUUGUCAUGGAGAUGAGGUUGCGAGAAAACCCGCAACAGUUCAGUUCAGCUUUACUACAGCUCGCAGCACGCUACCUGUUUAUUAACGGAGCACAGGUUUUGGCUUCGGUUUGUGCUGCCGCGAUACUCAGGAGACAUCUCAUGGUUUGGAAAGUGUUUGCACCCAAGCUGAUGUUCGAAGCCAGUGCAUUCAUCGUGGGCAGCGUGUUUGUGCUCGUCGGGGUCGCUCUGGUCAUGAGGGUCGACGCAGCCGUGGCUCACUUAUUUCAGAGACUCAUUCCGGAGAAUUCCAGGUAGCACCACCUUCUCUGUUCCUCCUACAGUUUCAUCCGUCCAUCGGUCCAUCACCGACGACACGAAGACGCACACGAUUGCCAGCACGAUGGACGAAAACCGGUCUCAAAAUGGCUUCCGUCUUUCAGUACUCUGGAGAAAUGGACUUGUGCUGAUAUUUUAUUCAAAAACACACACACACACUUAAUCUGAGCCAUCUGAGAUCUGAGACACUGCUGCAUUGGUAGUUGAGGAAAGACCUAGGAGUGUAAGAGAGUUGUUUCUUUUUACUGCUGUACACCGAAGGGCUUUUGUAUUAUAAACACACACACAUACAUACAUAUACACACAUUCUGAGAGCUGCUAUGAUGAAAGCACACUCCCUGAAGCAGGAUUUUUGCUAAAGCUAAGCUUGGAAUACCUUAAAUGAAAGGACUAGUUGGUCUGGAUUCACUUUGGUUAACAAGAGAGAAUGCUUUUCUAUCUGCUGAUAGCGGUGCACAGACCUCGUUUCAUCUCUGCCUAAAGAGAGCGAUGCGGCGGCGCUUUAAUCCUUUAAUAUGCCCAGCUCUCUCGCCUCUUCAUCAAACAGAUCAGCUUCGAAAGCUUCAGCUUUUAACGCUAAUGCUGCCGUCAACGUCAUCCCGCUCGUCGUCUUGUCGAUCGCGAACCAGCCAAGCCGAAUCUCCGUCGUUGCUCGACGUCGUUUAAGCUGCACUCGAUUCUGGGACUUUGAGUCCAACAUCCGUACCAACGUCGUCACGACUUCUCUGCUGGAUUUCUCAUGAAUAUGACGUUAAACAUCUCUGGAAAACGGUAAGCGAGAGUAGAAGCUUGUUCAGUUGAGAUCGUUGCAAUUUUUUUUUUUUUAUCUCCAAUUUAAAAGCACUAAACUUUUGUGACCAUUUCCUGUUCCUUAGAGUUCCAGCAUACGACUUUCUUCCUCCUUCACUUUUGGUUAGCGUUAAUGUUUCUGAGCUAAUCUCUUCGCCCUGUCCAACUAUUAUGAGUGUCAGGGUCAAUCCAAUACUUUUACAUAGUAUUAUUAUUCAUUAACAUCAUCAAAACCGCCAUGUCUGCGUUCGGAACAGGUCAGAGGUCACUAGCUUUGCUGCCGCAGUGAGCGUUCGUGUCGUGAGAUUCAGUUUGUAUCGAUGUUUAUUUUUAUCGAUUUGUACUGACAUUUAUACAGUAAUUAUGUUGUUUGUUUAUAUAUAUAUAUAUAUAUGUUUGCGUGGUGGAUUUUAAAAAAAUAAAAUAAAUCAAAGCUCUU